UAAUGGAAAAUAAUUUAUAGUAAUAAUAAACUAAGUUUAAGGAUUCUUUAUUUUUGAUUAGAAAAUAAUAAUAAAGGAAUAAAUCAUAUAAAUAAUAUAAAAUAAAUUGGUAUAAAUAUAAAUAUUAAUAAAGUAUAAUUUUAAUUAGUGUUAUUGGAAUGUCUGAAUAACAAGAAGGUGUUAAAAAUCAUAAAAAAUACAGAAAGGAUAAACCUUGGGAUAAUGAUCCCACAAUAGAUAAAUGGAAGAUACCAGAGAUUCAACCAGGUGAAAUGAACGGGAGUCUUUUAGCUGAAAGUUCAUUUGCUACUUUAUUUCCAAAAUAUCGAGAGAAAUAUAUAUAAGAAGUAUUUGGGAUGGUUAAAAAAUCUCUAAAAGAUCAUGGAAUAAGAGCUGAAUUAAAUCUGUUGGAAGGAUCUUUAACAGUGAAAACAACAAAUAAAACAUGGGAUCCAUGGGCAAUUAUGAAAGCAAGAGAUAUUAUAAAAUUAUUGGCACGAAGUGUUCCUGUUUAAUAAUGUUUAAGAUUAUUAGAAGAUGGAACAUUUUGUGAUAUUAUCAAAAUUAGAAGUUAUACAAGAAAUAAAGAAAAAUUUGUUAAAAGAAGACAACGACUAAUUGGGCCAAAUGGAGCAACAUUAAAAGCAUUAGAAUUGCUAACUGAUUGUUAUAUAAUGGUCUAAGGAAGCACUGUUUCUGUCAUUGGAAAUUGGAAGAAUUUAAAAGUUAUUAUCGAUUAUUAUUUUUUUAUUUUAGACUGUUAGAAAAGUAGUGGUUGAUACUAUGUAAAAUAUACAUCCAAUCUACAGUAUUAAAGAACUUAUGAUUAAAAGAGAAUUAGCUAAAGACGAAAAUAUGUAGAAUGAAAAUUGGGAUAGGUUCUUACCUCAUUUCAAAAAAUAAAAUUAAAAAAGAAAAAAGGUUAUUAAAAAAAAGAAAGGUAUUUUAAGUUAUUAUAUAAGAAUAUACACCAUUUCCACCUGAAUAAUAGCCAAGAAAGGAAGAUCUAUUAAUGGCUUCAGGAGAAUACUUUUUAAAUGAAAAGUAAAGAUAACAAAAGAAAUUAGAAGAGAAAAAGAAAAAAUAAUAAUUGAAGAAAUAAAGUUAAUAGAAUUUAGAAGAAGAUCAAGACUAUGAACAAGAAUAAUAAAAUAAUCAAUAAUAACAUGAAGCUUAAGUUUAAAAAAAUUAACCCUAAGAUAUUGAAGAAAUAAGAGAAUAGAUUCAGAAGAACGGAAAGUUAAAGAAAGUAAAAUUGUUUUGAGAAUGUACUUAGUAAAUCAAUAUAAAAGUUAUAUCAAAU